ACAACGAAUUCACACAUAAUCAUAAAUAUUUGUGUUUAAAACCUCAAAACAGACGACUUAAAAUCGAAAAAGAAUUUUAAAAAUCUACAAUAUUUCUCAUGGAGAUAUAUUUCAUUAAUAAUUUACAGAAAGGUAUAUUUCAUUAAUAAUUUACAGAAAGGUAUAUUUUAAAUUUUAAUCUAUUUUUAGCUUUGAUUUAUUGUCCAACAUGAUCACAUUGCCAGAUUGCAUGACGACUUUUGUUCGGACCAAUAAACUUGUGACUGGCGUAUUGCUGUGCAUUAUUCUCCUGUCUCUUCUCUUCAACAACAAUGUCUCGCGGAACGUGUCUUUCUCAUUUCUGUUUUCGGGGAACUUGACCGAGACCAAGAGCGCCCAACCAGAUUUGGAUAGGACUGGAGACGGCUUCGCCAAUCUGCUGGAGGGCGAGUUUAAGUCUUGUCCGAACGUGAUAAGUAGAAUGGUGAUCGGCCAUUGGGUGAGGCACAAGGACUACAGCAAAGAAGACAUUGCGCUUGUUGAUGACGCACUAAGGAAAACGCUAAUGCAUAACAAUAUGCCGCCCUCUCUACAGAAUAAAGAUAAAAGAUGCGGAAAUACCAUCCUAGGAGGCAAUCCUUACUUUAGAGCUCUGUGUGAACCGGAAGGUGAGACGCCAUGUUGUCUUAACUAUAUGUGUGUGAAUAAAACGAUUGACCAAUGUCAAGGUCCUUGGGCUCUAGACAUCCGGCAACUGAUUCAGGCUGAAUUUGCAACCUGGAUACCAGACGAUCCUAAUUGUAAGGUGGUCGACUUGACGUCAGAAGAAACCGCCUGCCAGGUACUUAAAAACGUGACCAUCUACUUUGUCGGGGAGUCGCUGACCAGACAGAUGUACAUCUCAGUGCUGGGGUUUCUGAGAGACGAAAAGUAUGAGACUCACGUCCUGGUUGACAACUCAACUGCAGCCAGGAAUUGUCACACUUACUACAGAUACAGUCCACCAUGCAGGCCCUAUUUUUUGCAAGACAGCAUCGAAUGUAGCGGUACAACCAGAAUUCGAUUCAGACAAUUGCUCAGCUCCAACGAGGCCAGUGAAAUGUUAAGUCAGUUCCGUGAACUGUUAAACGUUCCAAACUCUUUCUAUGUACUGGGGUUUGGAUUUCAUAAUCGAUUCCAAGCGGAGCCGGUUGUAACAAAAGUGUUUAAUCCCAUCUUCAAGGAGCUGGCCAAUGCUACCUGGCCAAAGUUCAUCUGGCUGGCCACACACAUGCCAACCAUGUUGCAAACGACUACAAGCUACAUGCAGCAGCCGACUGAGAUCCUGGCUUACAACGAGGCCAUAAAAGUUGUGCUGGCCAAGCACAAGGUGCCCGUGAUGGACUGGACACAGCUGACCGCUAACGCCAUGGGCAUCGACAACAUCCAUUACGGGAAGGGGGUCAACGAUGUCAAGGCGGUGAUUCUGUUGAACCUUCUGCUGGAGCUCAGGCACAACUCGACCUGGAUGCUGGAGAAACAGAUCCCUGGUGAUGUGACAACAACGCACAAGACUACAGCCACCACAACAAGACAAACAGCAGCCGAAACUACAUUAAGAGGAUAGGUUACUAACAACAUCAUAACAGAAGCACGACACAGCUAACUGUACACAAACAAGCAAAUUAAAAAAGUACUUUAACACUAAAAAAAACUUAUAUAAUUAAAAAAACAACAACAACAACAAAAAAAAACAACAAAAUUAGUGUAAUAUCUCUCAAUAUUGCAAUACAUAUAUCCCUUUUUCUAUAUAAAGGAGCCGCGGUGGUUGAGUGAUGAAGCGCUUGCCUUCCAAACCAGAGGUUCCCGGGUUCGAAUGCUGGUGAAGACUGGAAUUUUUUAAACUUCGGGAUCUUUAGGGAACCCAGUUCUAAUGGGCACCUGCUAUUAGGUGGCUGGUCGUUGUGUUGGCCAUAUGUCACCCUCGUUAGCUGUGGGCCACACAAACAUCUGCCCUAUAGACCGCAUGAUCUUUAAGGGAAACUUUACUUUUCUACAUAAUGCCUGCAUAAAUUAAUUACCCCAAAUUAAUUAAAUGCUUGGUUAAUUUUUCAUGCUUCCUGUGUUGUCAAGAACAGCUAAUUGUGCAAAGUUUCAACUUGAUUCAAGAAAAGGGAAAAGAAAAAACGACUUUUCACAGAUUUGUGCCAGUCAGUCUGAGUGAGUUGAUAUAAGCUUUGCGAAAAUUUCGUUACUAUUUUUAACCUACGUGUGAUCAAAAGGGACACAAUUCGAAGAAUGACAACUACACAAAGUCUCACUCUGAAUUAUGGAACGGUACAAAGUUAUUCGACAAACUCACUCUGUUCUUAUUGAAGAUGUGUGACAUUGAGGCGCAUAAUAUUUACUGGUAUUGUUAUUUAAAAUUUUAACAUUUCUUAAUUUGACUAGUUCUUACAGUUAUAAGGUGACGUAUAUUUGUAAGACAAAAUAAAACAACAUAUGCUAUCAAUUGUUCCAUUCCUGUACUGGUCACCCAAUGUAAGCUGAGGUAUUAGAAUACACAGUCUAUAACAGCUGUUCUCAACCUUUAUAACCUUACGACCCCCUUUUUACAAUUUCACUCUUCGGCGACCCCCAUCCACACAGCAAUAGAAAAAUAGACAAAAACAAUCCAUAUUUUCGAUGGUCUUAGGCGACCCCUGGCAAAUCGUCAAUCGACCCCUAAGGGGGUCGCGAUCCACAGGCUGAGAACCCCUGGUCUAUAAGCAUAUUAGGUGGAGGGGUUAGGGUUGGCAGGGGAAGGCACUGGUCUAAGCAAACAGUAUACUGCGCGGAAAGAAAUAAACAGGAGUUGUCGUUAGGAGAUGCUAUAACUACAUUAUUAUACAUAACUUAAAGUAAACUUCAAUGUUCAGACCUUGCAACUUAUAGGGCAGAUGAUGCUAAGGGUUAAAGAUCAUCCUUUUUUUUUUGUGGCCCACGUUUAACAAGGGUGUCGUUUGGUCAGCACAACGACCAACCGCCUUUACUUUUCCUCAAGUAAUGGUAGGGUGGACUCAGUGGCGCCAUAAAGAGCCCGAAAUUAAAAAUACUAGUCGUCAUCAGGAUUCACAAGCCAAUGGCUUUAACGCACGGCCACCGCGACUCAAAAUUAUUAUCAUUAUAUGUAAACAUAAUAAACAAUUACUGUGAUAUUAUUAAACUGAUUAAUCUUUUCCCAAAAGUAAUCCUUAGUUAUGUGUCGGAAAGAGAGAAGGGGGCAUGUUUGCCCUCAAAGCCCACCCUAACCCCAUUCCUUUAUGUUGUCUUUCUCUGUCCGCUUCUUCUUCUUCUUUUUCCUGCAAACGUUUCUUGAAGCAAAGUCUCUGCGAUCCCUGAGGACAAGGGCCGGCCCUAACCAUUGACGGGGACCUAUGCGAAACGGAUUGUGCGGGGCCCAGUUUGGGAAGGCAAACAGCUAUAGAAAAUAAAUUGGUCUUUGCAUUUUAUUUAUUCUUUACUAAGUACAAAAUCACGAUCAAAUAAAGUUUACAAGCCUUGGCGUAGUGAAGUCAUACAGUUUAUCGUCAAAAUUCUGUUUCCUACAUAGAUCACGCUCAAUAGCCAGAAUUACCAAAUGUUUCAAUCUAUCUUCAUGAAUCGUUGACCUCUAGUAACUCAACUUAAUUCAUGAGUUUGAGGCGCGAGAAUCUUCUUUCACUAGAUGCCACAGUUGCGAGUAUUGUAGAAUGCAGUUUUCUUUUUUUUCUUUUUUUUAUCGCGAGAAGGAUUUGCGUUUUCCAUAAUGAAUCACUCCCAAAAUGACAAUUUUUGUCUAUAUUACAAGAGAUUUAUAUGAGUUUUCAAAAGAUUUAAUAAUUUCAGGAGAUUUCCAGGACUUUUUCGUAUAUUUUGCAAUUUCAUGAGAUUACUAGGAGCUCCUGGUAAAUCAGGAGGCCGCGGGAAAUCUUUUAAUAAUAAUUAUAAUAAUAAUAACAAUAAUUAUAAUUAUCUUUAUUGUCCAUAAGGAAAUUUGUCUUACAAUUUGUGCAUUACACCAAAUAAAACAUUGUAGCUAUAAAAAAAACACAAUAUUUACAUUCACACCAGGCUCGCUCAUAAUUUACAUGUGAAAAGUUCAUAUAAGAUUGUUUCUUUUUAAUUAUUUGAUUGCCAGGGGAACAAAAGAGUGUUUGUGUCUGUUUGUCUUUGCUAUCGGUGUCUUGUAACUCUUUUGUCUAAAACGGCUGCCCAAAUGGGAUUUGCUUUUGCCAAUGACAUAACCAGGUUUUUUUUACAUUUAAUAAUAAAAAAUUAUCUUUA